UGGCAUUCGUCUGCGUGGAGAAAGGUGGAGAGAGAUUUUCCCCAUCACAUUCACUGUCUGACUGAACCACACUGAAAUACACUACUAACGGGACGCGGAAUAACGAUAAAGAGUUAUGGACCUGAGCCUGAGAGAUGCUCUGGGAGGAGGCGGAGGGGGGGUGCCCGGGGGGGCUCCCGCCGAGGCCCUGCUUAAGAGAGACUUCAUGUCCACUCUGGAGAAAGAGCAUUACGAUGACAAAGUGGGAGAGACUGUGGCCAAAAGUGACUACAGACCCCUGCUGGAUGGGAAGGACCCAAAGUGUGGUCCAGGAAUGAUGUCCUCCAUAAUGUCCACAGGGGGGCGCCAAGACCCUCCAGGACAGUCUGCAUUCAGCUCUGACUAUCUGACUGGUCCGAUGAUGGGAGGGAUGGGAGGUCAGUGGAGCCCGAACAAGCCCAAGGACAGCAGCAUGACUGACUCUUUUCUAGGCUUCUCACAGUCUGGCCUGGGAGGUACUGGGCUGCCCCCUUUCCAGACCAGCAUGGGACAGUCUGCUUUGAGCUCCUCAAAUAUGGAGCCUCAAAAAUCAUCCGGACUUUUCGGUUCAGAUCCCAAACCGCCCACCACCACCACCACCAACACCUCAGGAGGAGGCCUGUUCAAACCCAGUGAGCCCCUCUCCACAGGCGGGACGGGGAUCCAGUCCACAGACCACAACACAGCUCCUGUCCUCUCUCCCAGUGACUCUAUGGAAGACAGCAGCGCCACAUCGUCCAACUCCGAACCCACGAGCCCUGAGCGGUCCGGGCCGGGGGGCGAGCUGGGCAAGCAGAGGCGCAGGAAGAAGAAGAAGAAGGGACGUGACGAGGUGUACGACUUCCUGGACAGACAGGAAAACAAAGAAGACACGGAGGAGGCAGAAGAGGACGAAGAGGAUGAGGAAAACUGGGAGUGGGAGAUCAGAGAGAGCGGAGGUGGGGGGCGGGUGAGGGGCAGGAAGACUAAAACUCGGGCCAGACUACCAGAGGAGUGGGGGGCACCUCAGCAGCCGGUCUCCCCUACACCUGCAACAGUCGCUCCGUCAUGGGCUGAUCCUCUUUCUAAGUCUAGUCCUAACCCAGAACAGCCCACAGCCCCUUCGCAAAUACCCACAAGUUUCAACCAUUCCCACACUGCCACAGACGCCUCCCCGCGCUCUUAUGAACCAAUGUGCGUAGACAAAGAAGACGUGUCCGGCGGUAAACCGAUAGCUAACGUCAGCACAGCAGCUAGCAAUGCUAACAAAACCGGUAUAAGUGGAGAUGUUAAUAGUAGUUUAGCUUUAAUGACUGGAGAAAACUUGAGCCCGGUUUCCCAGACUUUCUCAUUCCUGGAUUCAGUGCUCCAGACCCCUCCUGGUUCAACCCCUGAUUCGCAGACCACCACCCCAAUGACUACCACCCCAGCGCUCGCUACUGCCCCCCUCGCCAAAACGACUCCCCCAGAAACAACCAGUGCCCCGCAGCCCGCUGUCUUUACCACUCCUAGCACCAGUACUAUCGGAUCUGGCCUCAAUGUUGACGCUAAGCCCUUUGUCCCCUCAGCUGCGCUCCUGUCCUCUACCACUGCACCUGUCGGGACGCCUGCCACCGUAGCACCUGUAACCGUGACCCCUGCCAGCGCUGCUUUUGCCCCCGCUCCUGUCGCCACCAGCGUUACCCCAUCCUUUAGUCCAGCCACCACUGCCCCUCCCUCCUUCACUCCUGCAGCCCCUCCCUCUCACCCUGCACCCUCCGCGCACCAGGAGUCCUCGUCGCCACCGCUCCCCCCACUGGAAGUGAAAAGUGACAAUAAGGACAAGCAGGAUAACAUCAUGUCUAAGAUGGAGACCCUGGACAAGAAAGAGGAGCAGCAGAAAAAAGACAACAUCCUGGAGAAAAACCAGAAGAUCCUGAAGGAGGAGGAGAAGAACGAGAAACUGAAUGCAGACAAAAACAACAAAGUCACAGAGAAGGCGGAGAAAGUGGACAAACCUGAGAAGACCGACAAAGACGAGAAGAAAGAAGAGAAGAAGGAGGAGAAGAAAGAGGAGAAAAAAGAAGAGAAGAAAGAGGAGAAGAAAGAAGUGAAGAAAGAGGUGAAGAAAGAGGAAGAGAAGAAAGCUGUGGAGAAGAAAGAGGAAAAGGGCAAAGGGCCAGCCAAGUCUCCCACUGGGACCAAGGCUGCACCCGGAGCUGACACCAAGAGCAAGCCUGAUGCGGACUCAACCAAACCAAACUCAGCCAAGCCCCGCCCAUCCACGCUCACGUCCAAUAACGAGGCUAACGCGGCUAAACGCCCCUCCCCCACCUCUGCGUCAGCCAAUAAAAAAAGCCCAGUUGCCAAGGCGACCACACCCACUGCCACUAAGAGACCUCCAGCAGCAACCGCAAAGGCUGCCAAGACUCCAGAGAAUGAGAAACGUCCUCCUGUGCCAAAAGCUACUCCCACUCCUCGCGCCACGGCCAACAAGAACGCCUCAAAUGCUGCAAAUAAGAAUGAGAAAACUGAGAACAAGACAAAUGAGGCCAAAAAACCCAAGACUACAGCUCGCCCUCGUCCCGCCUCUACUACCACUCCAGCCUCAGCUCCGGCCACUAACGGUGAUGGUACCUCUCAGCGUCGUCGGGUUAUCACCAAACCCCCGGUGCCCAAACAGACCCCUAUGGAGAAGAAACCUCCCGUUCCCCGCGCCCCCCGAACUCCUCGUCCCAUCAAUGCUCCCACACCCGACCUCAAGAAUGUGCGCUCCAAGAUUGGAUCCACUGACAAUAUGAAAUACCAGCCCGGCGGAGGAAAGGGCUCCUCCACCCCGAACAACAAGACAUCUGACCCCUCCACCCCUGCCGGCAAGGCCAGAGUUCAGAUAGUGCACAAAAAGCUGGACUUCAGCCAUGUCACGUCUCGCUGUGGCUCCAAGGACAAUAUCAAACAUGUCCCUGGAGGUGGCAAUGUGCAGAUCUUGAAUAAGAAGGUUGACGUGAGUAAGGUGACCUCCAAGUGUGGCUCCAAGGACAAUAUCAAACACAAACCAGGUGGCGGUGACGUGAAGAUCGAGUCCCAUAAGAUCAAUGUUAAGGCCAAAUCUAAAAUUGGAUCCCUGGAUAAUGUGGGACCAGGCAAUGGACAGACCAAUGGACACAAGGAUCCAAAGGCAGAAGAGAAACUGUCUUCACCUCCAGAGGGCACCAAGGAGAAUGGGGUGAAGGAACCCACAGCAACUCCUUUUGGGGGGGACGGACUGCGAGACCCCAUUAGCUUAGACAAACGCAUCACUGAGACAAACUGAAAUCCUGUGUCUCAUAUAAUUUGGUGAGCCACGCAUGGCGCUUGCCCACCUGCUGACCGACGACCAAUCAGCCAACUCACUACAGCGCAGUCACCUUGAUCCUGCCCCUCUGGUCAUCUCGUCCACAAAACCACACCACAAACAAACCGGUCGUCUCUUCGUGUUUCUCCGGGGGUCUGCCUGCCAACCUCCUGCUAGACCACCAACUAUGACCCCUCAAUGCACCCAAGUGUACACCCCUUUAUCACAGAGAAGAGCACCUGCUGUUUGUCUGUGUUUAUACUAUAUUAUGGGACCAUCCCCAAAUCGGAUUCUAAAUUGUGUAUAACCCUAACUUAGAUCACUUGUUGCUUGAUAAAAAACCUUUAGUAUUUCCAAAUGCAACUGUAGACUUUUAUCACUAACUAACACAGGGUAAAUGUGUCCACAGCUUUGCAUAAGUGCAUCCUGCCCUGCUCCUUGCUAACCAUAUCUCGAGUUUGAGUUACAUAUAUUGCUUCACAGUGUCUGGAAAGAGUUACUUUCCAUCUAUUCUAGUUACACCUCUCUGUAACAUCUUAAUGCAGUGUUAGGAGUAAAAGUAUUGCAAAAUGCAUUUAAUGUCCAGAUAUGUUAAAAAUAUGAGCAGUUUCAGAACUGUGUCAGAACAAUGUUAGAUCUAUUGUAUUCUUGAAUUGAAUGAAUGAUCUCAAACUUUAACAGUUGUUAUAUUGAUUACAGACUUGUGAUAAUACACUUUUAAUGUAACACUAAUCUUAUUGCAUCCAUUGCAGAUAAAAAUCCACAUUCACCAUAGAUGGAGCAUGUGAGCUACCAGUAUAUAUUAAGUGUAGUAGCAAACAUAGACACCAAAAUGUUUGGGCUGAAGGACAUCAACAAACAUGUUAAACUUUGUCCUAGAUGAGCAGGUCUCAACAUUACCAUUAUGACCAAAUCUUUCUUGUUGUCUACUUCGUCUUUUAAGCUAAACCACAUCGGUCUUAUGUCCAUGCAAGGAGUAAUUUGUUUAUUCAUAGUGUAUAACUGAGCAAUAAUUUAGUUAUUAGAAAAUGUUUAAAUAUAAAAAGAGAGAUCUAAUCCUAUAGGUUAUAUUCAGUGUGGCAAAAUUUUAUUAUGAUCCAGAUUAUGAUUGUCCAUGGUCCGCAUUAUCCACGAGGGCUGUAACAUGCCCUGAUCACAUGGUCUGAGCACAACACUAACUAAGGUGGUAGACAAAUACCACUACAGUCCUUUCCAUUUAUUUUAUCCAAGAAUAAUACAUAAGAACAUUAACAUCUGGGUGUGUUAAAAGAAUAAUUAUCAUUCUUACAGGACGUAAACUGACAGGCACCUAAACAGGGGAGCGCUAGUGACAGCGUGGGGCUGCAUAUAUCCAUCUUAAGAAACCAUUGACUAGAAUUUCAUAUAACUACAUGGAAGCACAUAGACGAAAAAUGCUUAUGCACUCCUAAGUUAAGUUGAUAAAGGCACAUUUAGGCUGUAACAUGCAUAAGACAUUCCGUACACAUUCACCUUUUUAAGCAGCAAUAGAGAAAAGUCCUCCCUAUUCUUACAAACUUACAGAUUCACAGACUGGCAGAGCAGAGGGAGAAAGUUAAAAGAACCAGUAUUAGUGGAUAAUGUUACAUUCAUGGCAAGUCUGAAGUUGGAAUUCUCUGCAAUACAAAAUUUAACAUGCUACUAUUACAGAUGUUUGAGUUUUGAUGUAAAUAGAAGGAAUAUCUAGUGUUUUAAAUAUGCUUGUACCAAAUUUAUGAAUUAUUUUCAUAUUGUUUUUUUUGUUUGUUUGUUUGUUUUUUACAUAAAUGAGACCAUGCACACAUUUUUGUUAUACUGGACAGCAGGAACUGGCCAACUCCAAGAUGCCAUGAAUGCAGCAAUAUUUCAGUAUUAGGCAGAAUUGUAUUCUGAGGUGUAAAAUUGAUAUAUUGAAAGUGAUAAACAUAAAACAAAAAUACUGCAUUUACAGUAAGUAAAAUUAAAACUGUUUCAGAAAAUGAUUGUUCUUUUGAAAGGGUUACACAUUUUACCAACAAGUCCAAGGCAGUUUAUGCAUAGAAGUCCUAAUAGCACUGUGAUGUGAUUUUAAUUUACAGACAAAGUACAUGUUUUGUGUAAGAUCUGGUCUAUUCUGUACUAUUGGGAUGGUCCUGUGUACUCACUGCAUCUCUAUGCGCCAUGCAUUUGUAACUGGAGUGGUCCCUGGUGAAACAGUGAAGGAUUAGUGUUUGUGGCACAUAUUUGUCAGAUGUGUGAAGUGUUUACUACUGCAUCCAUCCUGUAGAGGGCGCUCCUAAGCCUGUGAAACACUGAUAGUCUGGCUUUGAUACAGUAUUAAACAUACACAAUAAUCUGUAUUACCGUUAUAUUACUUUAGAAAUAGUUAUUUAGCCUGGAUCAAAUUAUAUCAAAUAAUAACUUAUCUUUCCCACAAGUCUUGUGCACUUUGAAAGUUGAUGCACUAAAGUGAAGUCGCUUUACUGUAAUACAUUGUCAGCUAUGUAUUGUAUAUGUAUACUCUAUGAAGUAAAGCAGAUGUUAAAGUGUUAGAUAUAGACUAGUAAUGAUAAUCAAACAAGCAAUCCAUCAUCAACAAUAAUAAGAACAAUUAGUAUGUGUGCCCUUGUCACCUAAAAGGGGAACUCCACAAAGCCAAUAUGUCAAAGUAAUGUGAAUUGCUCUUUGAUAAUGAAGGAACAAAGGGUUGAAGCACUUUGAUAGGUAGGUGUAGGCAUUGAAUUAUGUAUAUACAGUUAAGUAGGAACAAGUAGCAGUCUUAAUGUUUAUGUUAGUACUUUAAGGAGGAUGACACUUGGUACUGCUUUAUUAGUGGAUUUUAGUGGAUCUUUGGUCAUCAGUGUUGUGCUAUGAUGGUUUAAAAAUCAACUCUCCAGUCUGCCUUCAUCCUGUUUUAUGUGAUGUUUUUCACAUUUUGGCCAACCUGCAAUCGCAAUUUUUGCUUUAUUAACUGCAAAAGGAAAUACUACUUCACAGUGGAUUUUAUUUGACAAGAUAGACAACAGCAUUAAUCAGAAUGUGAGUUAGGUUAGCCAGGCAACUAACUUAAUAUACACAGAGUGAUUAAUGAAGAAUUUGAAUGUUUUCGAAUGUCUCUGUGUGUUAUUUAAAUAAUUUGGACAAUGUUACUUCAUAAUUUUGUUUGUCAAUAACUUGUCAUACAUUACUAUUGACUAACUUUUUUAAUGUGAAUAUAGAUAUAAGAUGCUUACUGUGGAUUAUAGGUAUGUCAAUUUGCUUAUUAUUAUUAUUAUUAUUAUUAUUUAUGUCUGUUACUGUUGGAUCUUGUGGCUUGGUCAAAAUGUAAUCGCCAUAUUCACUCUUUUGUCCUUUGACUGCUGUACGCUCCCCAUGUAAGUAAUAGCGCAUAAAUGCCACUUUCCACUAGUAUCUCACUGUCCUUUGUAUAUAGAUAUCAUGUUUUUAUAUCACUCCAAAUAUAUAAAAAUAAAAACACAAAAAAUAAUUCUUAACAAGUUGUUGUGGAUGAGGACAACAUGAAGGUAAAUUAGGGUAUAAUUUAAAUUUGAUAAAAUAGGGGGGGCUGUAUAUCCAAAAGGGCUGUUUAAAUUUCAAGAAUGUUUUCCAAGACUUAAAGUUUGCGCAAAAUGUUUGAAAAUACUUUUAAUUAACUUGAUUGGAAAUGUACAGGAAGGGUGGCAGUGUGUGUCAGGACUUGGAGAAAUGGAAAAUGUAAUUGACAAAUUGCUGUUUUAAACAAUAACAAUUAAAGCUGUCAAUUUUGACUUAAAUUGCACCCUGUAGGUGACCUGACUUACACUGGUUAACCCUUUCUUUAACUCUGUAUUACACAGUAACCACAGUUUUGCCUUGAAGCAUGGUAGACAGCAAUGUUAUGUAUUAUACAGCUCCUAAUCAUUGACACCUUAACCAUGCCUACCAGCACGGACUGAAAAUGAUGAUAGUACGAUGUAAAAUUUAAAAUAACUGUAAUUUCAUAUUUAAUCUAUUGAUAGUGUUGGUAGAUAUGCACUGGAGCCCUAUCUUUGUCUCACCUACAGAGUCUUGUCAGCAACAUGGAACUGAAAUGAAGCUUUCUAUUAUAACCAAUAGUAGGCUUAUGUAUAUCAGAACACCUAUUGUUACUCAUUGACAAUAGCUACUCUUGUGGCAUUUGGUGUGUUAACUAUAUUUCCUACUUGGAGUGAAAGCCUAAGUGAAAGUACCUUUCAGUUCUGUGCAGUGAUCUACUCUGUGUUAUAGGCUACAAUUCUGUAUGACAACAUCAUAGCAAGAGCAUGCAGAAGACAACAGACUGCUGGUUGUUCAAAGCGUUUAUUGUCCUUUUAGGUAGAACUUCUCCCCCCUCUCAAAUGAGGAUAUUUGGUAUGAAAGAGAUCUUCAUUGUGAUUGUUAACCAGUGAUGUGAAUAUUAAUCAUGAAAAUAAAAGAAGAAGAACA